AUGGCGGAUCUGGGUGGUCAACGUAACCGGAACUACCGGCCUCACGGACCGGCCUCGUCGACACAGCGGGAUGCUGCGUUUUCCGAUAUUUUCGGGGGCGCACCCCCCGCAGGACGCUCUCAAACUAUGAAUUCGCAAACACCGCAAUUCUCACAAGGUCGUGCCCACACCAUGUCAUCGCAUGUUGUACACCCCCAAUUCUCAAGACCGCCGCCGACGCCCACGCGGCAAAUGCAUAAUGGAUACGGACCACCAUCGGCACCACCUAACGGAUACCCCCCGCCGCCCCCAUCGGGACAAUAUCAAGCCUACAAUCCAGGAGCCGCGACAAUGUCCUCGCAUCAGCCCCCUCGACCGCAUCCCGGGGCGCAGCAACGAUUCGGUGCUUACCCUCGCCCACAGCGCCUCGAAACGCGGCCAAGCCCGGCUACUCAAUAUCCAGAUUCCAGGGAAUUCAAUCGUCCGAUGCCCCCGCCUGCGCUGAAUUCCGAUGCUUCUCGUUCAAGGUCGAUGGCAAAAUUGAGUGGGCCGCCCUAUCAAAACCCACCCAGCAACUUCAACCACACCUCCGCCAUUGCCUCUCGCCGCGAGCCAUAUCACGCCGGAGCUCCGGUCACUCAAUUGGGCCGUCCUGUGCCAGAAAAGAACACCAACGAGCGAGCGAUGUCCUUGACCUCAUGGUCGUCGGAUCGAGAUGCGCAGAUAAUGAACAGCGGAAGAUCGAUUCCGUAUCGCCGGCCACCGUCAGGUCACGAUCAGCAAAAUUUCAUGCGCGAAGCAGUGCCAAUCACCCCAAGAAGCGACUCAAUGACGCAGCCUAGCCCCGAAGGGUAUGUUGGCUCCCGCCAGCCGAGCGAUGCAUCCGCUAGGUCUCGGACCAUGUCUAUGGCCUCAACCAUUGCACCGGAUAGGACAAUGAGUGUCCAGAGCCAGGCUACCCAGAGCUCGUCUGGUCAAACAACACUCGUGGCUAGAGAUUCACAGCGCAAGGUUCCAGUGGUUUAUCCCGCGCUUCUUUCUCUUGUGGCUGAGAUCUUUAGAGAGAAGAUCUCACUCGGUGAACGGCAGAAGAACGGUCUUUCGUAUCAAAACGCAUUCUCGGGUACUGACUCUGUCGAUUUGAUCGGCUCCAUCAUCCGGACCAACGAUCGCAAUUUGGCUCUGCUUCUAGGCCGUGCGCUAGAUGCCCAAAAGUUCUUCCACGAUGUCACAUACGAUCAUCGUCUACGCGAUGCUCCUGGUGAAGUCUACCAAUUCAAGGAAACAAUGGGCGAAGACAAGUCAACAGCCGAUGUCAAUGGUGUUUUUACACUUCUGACUGAGUGUUAUUCUCCCACUUGUAAUCGAGACCAGCUUUGCUAUUCUAUUGCUUGUCCCCGGCGACUAGAGCAACAGGCUAGGCUGAACAUCAAGCCCCAACCCGUGCUCGGAGCGGGAGAUGCCACCACCGCGCCCCCCGACGAUGACGAUGAUACCGACAACCAAAAGCUGUGGAUCAGUACAGUCCCGAAGGAUAUCUCUGACUCGGUGGAAGAUCGCGAGAAGAAACGCCAGGAAAUCAUCUUUGAGAUGAUGUACACCGAACGAGACUUCGUCAAGGAUUUGGAAUAUUUGCGCGAUUUCUGGAUGCGGCCCUUGCGCGCCGCGGGUACUACAACCCAUUCGCCAAUUCCAGAGCAUCGGCGGGAAAAGUUCAUUAGGACUGUGUUCGGCAACUGUUUAGAGGUUCUCAAGGUCAACAGUGCCCUGUGUGAAGCUCUGAACGCGCGGCAAAAGGAGAAUGCGGUUGUUCAAACCAUUGGUGAUAUUUUCUGUCAACACGUUCCCAACUUCGACCCAUUCAUCAAAUAUGGUGCCAACCAACUCUACGGCAAGUACGAAUUUGAGAAGGAAAAGGCGUCCAAUCCAGCCUUUGCCAAAUUCGUGGAAGACACGGAACGUCUCAAAGAGUCUCGAAAGCUGGAGCUGAACGGUUACUUGACAAAGCCUACCACUCGUCUUGCAAGAUACCCGCUUCUGCUCGAGGGUGUUCUGAAGACCACUGCGGAUAGCAAUUCCGACAAGGAAGAUAUCCCCAAGGCCAUCAAGAUGAUCAAGGAUUUCCUUUCGCGCGUCAAUGCUGAGAGUGGUAAAGCAGAGAAUCAUUUCAAUCUUGUUCAGCUGAAUGCUGCGCUCAAAUUCAACACUGCAGACUAUGUCGAUCUGAAACUUACUGAGGAGAAUCGACAAAUGCUCAUGAAGAUGGCUUUCAAAAAGACGACUGCUGACAGUUCUGAUGUCACGGCGUACCUCUUCGAUCAUGCCGUUCUUCUUGUCCGUGUCAAAGUGGUGAACAAGCGCGAGGAAGUCAGGGUUUACAGAAAGCCUAUUCCUUUGGAGCUUUUGGUUAUCGCUCAGAUGGAAGAAGUUAUCCCACGACUCGGUAUCGCCAAACGACCAUCGUCCAGUCUGCUGUCCAACAAACCUGUCAUCAACAACCCGCCUCCUGCCAAGGAUGGUGGCCUGCCAAUCACGUUCAGACAUCUUGGAAAAGGUGGAUAUGAGCAAACUCUCUAUGCGACGAACUCUGCCACACGGCGAAAGUUCAUUGAGGCAGUCGAGCAGCAGCAAGAGAAGUUAUGGGAGAGAAACAGUAACUUCUACAACAAGACAAUCCUUAGCGAGGGCUUCUUUGCUGCGGUUAACCGCAUCAAUUGUCUUGUCCCAAUAGACGGAGGUCGCAAAUUGGUCUAUGGUACCGACAACGGUAUCUUUGUUUCUGAGCGUUGGCCCAAGGACAAAUCGGCCAAACCCAAAAAGGUCCUUGAGGCUACUCAGGUCACACAAAUCGAUACUUUGGAAGAGUACCAGCUGUUGUUGGUACUUGCGAACAAGACGCUUUCCUCUUAUCCUAUGGAUGCUCUUGAUAUCUCCGAGGGUCAGAAUACCAUGGCGAAACGUCCAAAGAAGAUUCAAGGCCAUGCCAACUUCUUCAAGGCCGGCAUUGGACUUGGACGUCAUCUGGUCUGCUCAGUUAAAACAUCGGCCUUGUCAAGUACUAUCAAGGUUUACGAGCCAAUGGAUAACCUUGCUAAAGGAAAGAAAAAGUCAGCUGUCAGCAAAAUGUUCCAAAGUGGCCAAGAUACACUCAAGCCCUUCAAGGAAUACUACAUACCAGCGGAAUCUUCUUCGAUCCAUUUCCUCCGCUCUACUCUCUGUGUUGGCUGUGCACGUGGCUUUGAAGUUGUCAGUCUUGAAACAACUGAGACACAAUCUCUUCUGGAUCAAGCGGAUACAUCUCUGGACUUUGUCGCACGCAAAGAAAACGUCAAGCCAAUUCAUAUCGAGCGCAUGAAUGGUGAAUUCCUGCUCAACUACAGUGACUUCUCGUUCUUCGUGAACCGGAAUGGAUGGCGAGCUCGUCCAGAUUGGAAGAUUGCCUGGGAGGGUAACCCGAACGCAUUCGCGCUCUCCUACCCUUACAUCCUGGCAUUCGAACCAAACUUUGUCGAAAUCCGGCACGUUGAGACGAGCGAAUUGACACAUUUGAUGACCGGGAAGAACAUUCGCAUGUUACACAGUUCCACUCGCGAGAUUAUUUACGCCUACGAAGAUGACCAUGGCUAUGACACCGUUGCCAGCUUGGACUUCUGGACUAAUAAACCCCAACAACAUGUCUAA